CGAACAUGGCAGAUCUUGUCGUGGAGGCUGGCGCUGACGGCUCCUUCGACGCCAAUUCUGCAGACACAGCCGAAGCUUUACGGCAACAAGGCAACGUAGCGUUCAAGCGGCGGCAAUUCCGCGAAGCCAAGGAGCUUUACACGCAAGCCAUUCAUCUGCAAAAUGGCAAUCAUUUGCUGUUUGGCAACCGAUCGGCAACGUGCCACCAACUGAAGGAGUUCGAAGAAGCCCUCGAAGAUGCGGAAAGGGCCAUCGAGCUGUCGCCUAAUUGGGCAAAAGGGUAUCUGAGAAAAACAGCUGCGUGUGAGUCGCUGCAAGACUGGACCAAGGCAAUUGCAGCGUACGAGCAACUUUUGCGUCUGGAAAGUGAUAAAUCGUCGACUGAAGCGAAAAGAGUGGCAGAGAGAGUGAAGGUCCUCAAACGGAAAAGCACCGAAAAGAAAGCAGUAAAGAAAGGUUUCCUUUCCGGCAAAGUGAAAUCCUCGAUUUACUCGGAAAAAGAGGGUACAGAUCAAGAUGCGACGCAGCGAUCUUGGAGGUUGAUGUUGAAAAAGUUGCUGGAGGGAUGCAACAAGCGUGGCGUUAACAGUCGUGGCGAGAGUGUCGUGCUGGAUGACGGAGUGUUUGCUAAGUUGCUGCAAGAAGACGAGUUCCAGCGACUUAUUUACCCGGGAAUACCAAAGGAGCAACUUGCCCAUGCGCCGAAAAACUUGCAGACAUUGCUGGAGGAUCCGUGGUACGAACACGAGUUGCUGGCGCUGAUGCCAAAAGUUGAAGCGAAAGCGGCAAGUGUGCUGGCCAAUGUGAAGAAAAGAGGCGCCGAACAGGGAGACGCCAUGGAUCCGGCAACUGAGCGCAUGCUCCUGCCACAGGUGUUGCAAGAAGCGUUUGGCAGAGAAGUACUGGCGAUGGUGCAUCGCGUGAAUUAUCAGAAACACGUGAAACUGGCAAAUGAUCUCAGAUUAAUUGCUGAUCCGAACUCGGAGUUUGCCACUUGGGACCAAUUGGACGACGACUUUCUUGACGAGUUACUCGCGGAUAAACGCGAUGUACGUGGCGUGGCCGUCAUGGACGAGUUCAUGGGCGAGGAGUGGACGCAACUGCUGCGUAACGACGUGUUUCGGAUGGCCAAGAACGGACUUUUGAUGUCUACGGUGCCUAACGUCGAUGCCAAGCAUGUUCUAAGUCGCGAAAAUACUGGAAACGAAUCAGAAAUCUUGCCUGGAGCUAAUAUCCGCUUUGUGGAGCACCAAGACUGCUCGGCGGAAUAUCCUGCGCUGGCGGAGUUGAUCGAAAUGUUGCAUGCUUUACCUUACGAGAUCAACAAGAAGCGACCGGAAAAGGCCAAACUUUGUGCGCAAUUUGUGCAUUGCACUGCCAUCCAGCAACUCCCGGUUGGACACCACCAACCUUUGCGCUUGGAUUGCGGGACUGGGGACAAAGACAACAGCUUUAAGCUGACUUGUGUAUACUUUUUCAAUGCUGUUGACGCGUGUACAGCGGAGCAGAAACGGACGCGUCUGAAGCUGCGAACGAGUCUGAGCGAGAACGCUCCAGUGCGACAGAUCGACCCACAGCCCGAUCGACUCGUCAUGUUCCGCAGCCAAUCGGUGCUCAACGAGAUCACUGCGGUACGAGAAGGUGAAGAUCUCUUUUACAUCACGUUCUGGAUCCACGGCCAAAGUCUAGCGCAGGGAAUCAGCACUUGGAUGAUCUAAACUAUAGUGAAUGUCGAGGGACUUAGUCAGCUCUGGUGACUCACCGUGGUGAGGUAUACGCAGUGCCGUUUACGUGGUACGGUGCGAGCCCGUUGUACGUGCCAAAGCCGUUGGUGAGCUGUUUAUGCGCUGCGUUUACCGGUACCGAUGUCACCGUCGCACGUUGAGCCUGAAGCAGACGAAAUAUCAGAGCAAUGUCAUUUUAUUGAGUC